AUGGCUCAGUAAGUUGCUUUCUAUUUUUGAAUUUUUUUUCAUAAUGUAUCUAGCGCUAGAUUGUCAGAUAAGUACUAGAAACCAAAAAGCUUUUUUUUGCUUUAAAUUCGAAAUUUCAAUUUAAAAAAAAACUUUUCCCUCGAAAUCGGAAGCCCGACGGUGUGCUGCAAAAUUUUUCUUUUUACCACAUGUCUCGUCGAUUGAAAAAAAAAAGCAUAACUGAUGCCAAUAUUUUGCGGUGCACCUUUGAACCUCCGACUUCUGAUUUACUGGGCUCUUUUAAGGAGAUGAACAAGUUUUUAUUUGUCGAUUGAUAAGCCGCGUUCAAAGCUAAUUUGACGCGCGCAGCGAGUAGGUUUUUCUGGUUCAAAAGCACGAGCUGCUUUUCGCCACGUUUCGGCUCGUGCUUUUGAACCAGAAAAACUUUUUCGUUUUUCUGUUGAUCUCCUAAGUACCCUGAAGCACCUGAAGUGAUCUUUAAAUGACUCACAAACAUCCUAGGAACUUCUGGUUUGCGGUACCAGCGUCUGUGACGAAACUUAACUGUUUUUCAAAUGAGAUGCUCAUUUUUUUCUGUUAAAAAUUUGCUACUUCGAUUUUUGCAUGGUUUAAAAACUAGUAAUUCAGAAAGCAAGUGCCGCAGGUCCCUGAGACUAUUUUGAAAAGAAGAAAGCAGAGGGCUGAAAUCCGCUCCAAGGCUCUUCAAAACAAGUCCAAACUUGCUGCUGUGAGUUCCAUUUUCUAGCCUUGUUUCCCCAUGACUUUAGACUAUUCUGUGAAUAAUGAAGUAAUUACUUACCUUAGUGUCUUCGGCUUUAGGAAGUCGGAGGCCCGUCGUAACUCUAGUGAAACCCAAGGGCUGUCGUAAUAAUUUUCCAAAUUUAUCGUUCAAAGUUAUUCCGGUUUUUGAUCUGAUCUCUUCCUCUCCAAUAAUUUCUAUAUAUUUUUCGCUCUCAGGCAUCUGUGGUUUCUUUCCGCGAGUGCUUUAAAAAGAAAAAAAAACAAAAUCUAUUUCCAGAAAAAGGAUGUUUAAUUCUUUCGCCUAGCUUCUUCUGGUUGGUCUCACAUUUUGAAGAUGUAAACAUUUUUUUUGGCCGCGAAGAAAUUACGGUAAAAAUGCAUAUUUAACGUUAUAUCGUUGUAGGACUCAUUUUUUUCUGCGUAUUCUCGGAAUAGCAAUUCUGCCUAUUUCCUGAAAUCAUUUUAAACGAAUAACGCGUCAAUUUUGAAAUCGCCGAAAUUACUUUGAACACGGCAUGACUUUGAUUCAUGACAUUUCGGAAGGAGGGGUCUCAGAAUAUGGUCUGCCCAUGUAUGAGCAUUUGUUCAUUUUUUUUUAUUCGUAGAUAGCUAUACUUUUUGAUUUUAUUUUAGAAGGUUUUCUUCAUUAAAGCCUUAAAGUUGCUAGAUUUUUCUUCUGAAAGGAGUUUUUGAAUUGAUCGUUUCAGAAAUCGAAGGAAAAGAAAGCGAACAUCUUCAAGAGAGCUGAGAAGUACGUCCAGGAAUAUAGAAACGCACAGAAAGAAGUAUUGCGUCUCAAGCGUGAUGCUGAAAAGAAUGGCGAUUUCUUUGUCCCUGAGCAGCCUAAGCUUGCUUUCGUUGUGCGUAUUCGCGGUAUCAAUCAACUUCACCCUCGCCCUCGCAAGGUUCAUAAAGUUUUCAUCAUGACAUCUGUCAGUUUUUUCUAGGCUCUGCAAAUUCUCCGCCUUCGUCAAAUCAACAAUGGCGUUUUCGUCAAAUUGAACAAAGCUACGUUGCCUUUGUUGAGAAUCGUCGAACCGUACGUUGCGUGGGGAUAUCCUAACCUGAAGUCCGUGCACGAUCUUGUUUACAAGAGAGGUUAUGCCAAGGUUGAUGGCCGACGAGUGCCCAUCACGGAUAACAACAUCAUCGAACAGUCCCUUGGUAAUUUUUUUUUUAAAUGAAAUUUCGCUUUUCAUUGCCUUUCAAUCGGAAAGAAACAUUUCUUCCGAAUCGAAAAAACAUCUCUUCCAAAAUUGUCUUUAUCCGAAACUCGUUAUUUCGCGACGAGAAAAGGAAAAAAAAAUUUUCGGGACACCUUCGAAAACUGUAGCACAGUAUUUUGAUGAGCUCGCGAUAUCGUUGAAAACAGCAACUUCGAAAAAGUAUAAGACCAAGCUUUUUAACGAGUUUCAACUGUUACAUCAAAAAGUUUUCUGGUAAAUUUUUGAAAAAUUAGUAUCAGAUGCAAUGUAAAUCUUCAAGUCUAAGGACGUGCUCAAAGUUAUUUAGGCGAUUUUAAAAUAGGCGGAGUUGGAAUGCCGGAAGAGCAUAGAAAAAUAAGUCCUACAAAUAUAUAUCGCAAUAUAUGAAUUUUUCUGUAACUUUUACACGCAAACUUUAAAUUUUGGGAAUUUUUUUUACGAAAAUUUUGAUCUCGGCAAAAAAAUCAACUUGCAUAUGUUGCGUUAUGUUCAGUACUCAUCUGAAGAAUCCCGGAAUACCAGUUCUGCCUACUUCCCGAAAUCAUUUCAAACGAAUAACGUGUCAAUUUAAAAAUCGCCAAAAUUACUUCGAACACGGCAUCAGAAACGUUAAGUCUAGUUUGAAAAAAAAAAGACAGUUUUUGACUCCAUUUAAUAAGUUUCAAAUAAGGAAUCGUUACCAUCUAUCUGAAACGUUUGCAAAAAGGAGAGUAAAAUCCUUUUUUUUUCAGGUAAACAAAACAUCAUCUGUAUCGAAGAUCUUGUUCAUGAAAUCCUCUCCGUUGGCCCACACUUCAAAGAGGCUACCAACUUCCUCUGGCCCUUCAAACUUAACAACCCCACUGGCGGAUGGACCAAGAAGACAAACCACUUCGUUGAAGGAGGAGAUUUCGGUAAUCGGGAAGACCAGAUCAACGCCCUUCUCAGACGCAUGGUCUAA